CAACAUAUGAAAAGAAAGGUGGAAGUCAUCAACUUUACGUUGACAGAAUAAUGAUGAAUCAAACAAACCAAACCGAGGACGCUCUCUCCUGCUACAGUCCUUCUGUUGAAAUCUACCGGUACUUUGCUGCUCUGUGGGGAUGUGCUGUAACCAUCACGGGUACGGUGGGGAACCUGAUGACUAUUCUGGCUUUUGCCUUUGACCCACGUCUGAGGACUCGCUUCAAUGUGCUCAUUGUUAACCUGGCUGUCGCUGAUCUCUUGUACUGCACCAUCCUGCAGCCCUUCUCCAUCGACUCCUACCUGCAUCUCAGGUGGCGCAGCAGUGAGCUGUGGUGCAGAGUCUUCGGCCUGCUCCUCUGCCUCUCCAACUCGGUUUCCAUUUUCACUCUCUGCCUGAUAGCAUUGAGUAGAUAUCUCCUGGUUGCAAAGAGAGUUAUGUUUGACCGUGUUUUUUCUAAACGUGGUCUUGUUUUACUCCUCGUCUCUGCGUGGACGUUCAGCCUGGUCAGCUUUGGUCCUCUCUGGUCUGUCUAUGUGUUCGUGCCACAGGUGUGCACAUGCAGCUUCCAUCGUACCCGGGGUCGUCCUUACACCACCAUCCUUCUAGCUUUCAGCUUUCUUGUUGGCCUGAGCUGUGUUGGUGCAUUCUACCUGCUCAUUUACAAACAUGUCCUGGUUGCAACACAAGCUCUGCUCCGCUACAGGUUCAGCCAACAGUCAUCCAGCAGGAAACCAACACCAGCUCAAGAGACUAACGAUAGCAGUGUAAAUUCUGUCAUAACAAACUCGUGCGGCCAGGCAGAACUGGUUCAGGGCAUAGAGGCAGCUGGUGAAAAGUCCUGCCAGUCUUCUCAAAGUUCACUUAAGACCUUAAAAACUGAGCCCCCAUCUGAAGCUGACCUUGCACCACCUACUCCCACAAAUGCAGUGCUGGCAUCACACUCGACAGUUGCAGCAGAUGAAAAGGAAAUUAAGCACAUAACACGGAUGUGCUUAACUGUUUUUCUGUGCUUUGUGUUCUGCUAUGUCCCCUUUCUGCUGCUCAACACAGCCGACAAACCGAACCACGCCCCUCAGUUACUAUACAUGUUCUUUACAAACCUCACUUGGCUCAACAGCUGCAUCAACCCCGUGCUCUAUGCUGUCAUGAAUCGCAAGUUUCGACAGGCCUAUCACAUGCUGCUCACCAAGGCUGCUGAACCUUUCACCCACCUGUGUAUCCAUCACACAGAUCAGAGUUGAUAAAACUUAAAGCAGACAUUAUAAGAUGGGAGGCAUGCUAAGAAUGUUGAGCUGAAAUCAAUGGAAGAAUUUCAAAACAGCAAAAAUAUCAGCAUCAAUUUCUCUUCAGGGUGGAAAAAACUUUUUAAAACUUUAUUUUCAGGGGGUGACAGCAUUUUUUUUAAAAUCUUGUUUCUAUUCUGUACAUAGGGUUUAUGACAGGGCAUUUUCAGCCUUGCAGUACAAAAAUAUGUGUAGUUCAAAUUUUCCUCAUUUUAAAUGCCAUAAAAGGUUACUAAUGUAAAAAAAACAAUUUGCUCUAAAUGGACAUGACUUCAUUUUGAAUCUUUGCAAACUUUGUACCAAAUCUCAAAAUUGCCCUGUUGUGUGUCUGUCUCAGCCAUAGUUCAAUAACUACUAACUUUUAGAAAGAAAAAAAAAUCAUAAUCACCCCUGGCAUAAUUGUAUAUCUGUUAUAGUAACACACAUAGAAUUAUUCCAAGAUAACAAUGUCUUUCUAUACAUAUAUUUCUAAAAAUUUGGACAUGUAAUAUUAUUUGUUAAAAAAAAAAAAAUCUAAAAA